AUGGCAUUGGCGAAUGUGGUGCGGGAAGCUCAACAACCGGUAAAUGAAAUCUACAGCCGUGAAUCGGAAAUAAGACUUCACCAGCGGCUAUCAGCCCUUCAAGAUACUGUCCACCGGAAGCUUGUCGAUCAAGGCAUCCUUAGUGAAGAUAUAUCAUAUGAACUGUAUUUGAACAUGCGAUAUCAAGGAACGGAAACGUCCAUAAUGGUUCGAAAGCCCCAGGAUGGUGACUUUAAACAGGAAUUCAAAAUGAUGCAUCUUCGGGAAUUUUCUUUUCUCUUCCCUAACCAAAGACCAAUUAUUGUGGAUGAUGUGCGUGUUAGGGGGAUAGGGACGAAUGGUCAUCUCCGACUGAACAGGCCGCGACUGGGGGAGGAGUUAAAGAGCACAAACUUCACUCCUGUAUCGAAAGAAACAGUUGAGCGAAAGUCGAAGGUAUAUUUCGAUGGAUCUGGAGACUGUUCUACCCCCAUAUUCCUAUUGCAAAACCUGUCGCCAUCCGUUAUUGUUCCAGGACCAGCUAUCAUAAUCGACCAGACGCAGACAAUCGUGGUUGCACCAGGAGCGGAAGCAAAGCUUUUGCAAUCUCAUGUUGUCAUCGAUAUUAAGACCAGAUUUUCGUCUUCCUUGAACAUAAUAGAGCGCCUAGACUUUUCCUGUGCGCUAUUUGGACCAGAUGGCGGUCUGGUGGCCAACGCUCCUCAUGUUCCUGUUCAUCUCGGAUCAAUGAGUUACGCAGUAAAGUUCCAGCAUGAGCUACACCGGGGAAAGCUUGUGCCUGGAGAUAUCCUCGUAUCGAACCAUCCAGAAGUGGGGGGAACGCAUUUGCCUGAUAUUACAGUUAUCACACCGGUGUUCGAAAGAUCAGGGAAAGAAAUUGCUUUCUAUGUAGCCUCUCGUGGUCAUCAUACUGACAUCGGAGGACUGGGAGGCAAGUCGAUGCCACCUGAUUCCACAGAGCUUUGGCAAGAAGGGGCAGCGAUCACAUCGUUUAAACUUGUUCAUGCGAAUAAGUUUGACGACAAGGGCAUCUCAAAAAUUCUCUUAAUCCCUGGCCAGUACCCUGGAUGUUUUGGAAGUCGGCACGUGUCCGACAAUAUCUCCGACCUCAAAGCUCAAGUAGCCGCUAACCAUAAAGGAAUGAUACUUGUUCAAGCACUAAUUGAGGAAUAUACUCUUCCCGUGGUACAAUUUUACAUGAGAGCCAUCAAUCAAAUGCGGAACUCGCCGUUAGAGCGUACCUUCGAUCGGCAUACUUUAAACUUGGAUCUCACCUAG